UCAACCCAUUUGGUGGACAGCUGGAAAAAAAAACCUUUGCCCAGACAGUUUGAUCAUACAUAAAACUUCCGUCUUUGAAUGAGAAAAGAAAACACUCGACUGGCUAAUGCUAGUCACGGCAAAUGAGCCUAGUUCGGUCUAAAUAAGCAGCAUACCACGGUGUAAACAGGUCCUGCUUUCUCUUCUCUGAGUGUUGUAAUCAGUGAAUGAGGUGAGCUCUGCCCCGGAAGCAGCCUUCACUCCAUAUACAGACACUCGUACAGAAACGUUGGCCUCUGGACGAGGAUGACAAUGGAAGAGAUGAAGAAUGAAGCAGAGACGACCUCGAUGGUUUCCAUGACACUCUACACUGUGAUGUACCCCGUCUUCCACGAGUUGGAGAGAGUGAACCUGUCGGCAGCACAGACCCUGAGGGCUGCGUUUAUAAAGGCUGAGAAGGAGAACCCAGGGCUGACCCAGGACAUCAUCAUGAAGAUCCUGGAGAAGAAGAAAGUGGAGGUCAACUUCACUGAGUCACUACUGCGAAUGGCUGCAGACGAUGUGGAAGAGUUCAUGAUUGACAGGCCGGAGCAGGAGUUCCAGGACUUGAAUGACAAGGCUCGGGCACUCAAACACAUCCUCAGCAAGAUCCCAGACGAGAUCAACGACAGAGUACGCUUCUUACAGACCAUCAAGUCAGUACACACUCGCUCACAGACCUCCCAGCACACCUUCAGUGAUGUGAUGAACACUUCACAAGCACACAGUUCUCCAAAAACACACUCAUUCUCUUGUUCCCAUUUUCUUUCAAAUGUAAUACUAAGUCUCAAGUAGUACACGCACACAAUUCCUCUCCCCCAGACUUUUCAGGGCUUGUUUCUGUCUUGGCUCAAUUUGCCAGUUCUCAAAUUGAAUUUGUGUUUGUUGAGUCACUCUAAGUAACUUUGUCAGUGGAAUAUUUGGAACAUGGUAGAAUUCAGCUGUAUUUAAAAGUGCAGAGGGAGGAAUGAGAGUGUAAGAGGUUCUAGAAAGGAGGUCCUUAGUCCAACUGCUGUUGGACUAAGGAGUGUGAGAGGUGAGAUGGUUCAAGAUGUCUGACUGCUGUUGGACUAAGGAGUGAGUGAGAGAGGUGAGAUGGUUCAAGAUGUCUGACUGCUGUUGGACUAAGGAGUGAGAGGUGAGAUGGUUCAAGAUGUCUGACUGCUGUUGGACUAAGGAGUGAGAGGUGAGAUGGUUCAAGAUGUCUGACUGCUGUUGGACUAAGGAGUGAGAGGUGAGAUGGUUCAAGAUGUCUGACUGCUGUUGGACUAAGGAGUGAGAGGUGAGAUGGUUCAAGAUGUCUGACUGCUGUUGGACUAAGGAGUGAGAGGUGAGAUGGUUCAAGAUGUCUGACUGCUGUUGGACUAAGGAGUGAGAGGUGAGAUGGUUCAAGAUGUCUGACUGCUGUUGGACUAAGGAGUGAGAGGUGAGAUGGUUCAAGAUGUCUGACUGCUGUUGGACUAAGGAGUGAGAGGUGAGAUGGUUCAAGAUGUCUGACUGCUGUUGGACUAAGGAGUGAGAGGUGAGAUGGUUCAAGAUGUCUGACUGCUGUUGGACUAAGGAGUGAGAGGUGAGAUGGUUCAAGAUGUCUGACUGCUGUUGGACUAAGGAGUGAGAGAGGUGAGAUGGUUCAAGAUGUCUGACUGCUGUUGGACUAAGGAGUGAGAGGUGAGAUGGUUCAAGAUGUCUGACUGCUGUUGGACUAAGGAGUGUGAGAGGUGAGAUGGUUCAAGAUGUCUGACUGCUGUUGGACUAAGGAGUGAGAGGUGAGAUGGUUCAAGAUGUCUGACUGCUGUUGGACUAAGGAGUGUGAGAGGUGAGAUGGUUCAAGAUGUCUGACUGCUGUUGGACUAAGGAGUGUGAGAGGUGAGAUGGUUCAAGAUGUCUGACUGCUGUUGGAGUCAUUGUCCACAGACGGGGACUAAAAUGAACACCUGCCAAAUGCGGGUAGAUGUUAAUUUCACCAGCCACGGUGGACUAAAGAACUAAGAAUCCUAUAUAGCCUAUUCCAGCUGGUGCUGAAACUGCCAGGCUGGGGCUGUCUGCAUGUGAAGAACUGAGUGAAAGAUUCAGCCAUAGAAGUUGGUCUAAUUUACUUGAAACUGAAAUGUAAAAUGUAAUUACUGAAUAAUUACUGAAAUGUAAUGAAAUAAUAUACUACAUUACUUCUUACUAGUAAUACAUGUAUUGUGUUUUAAAAUCUACCUGCCACAUUGGCUGGUGGACCAAAAGUAAUUGUUAUGCUCUGUCCACAGAGAUAUCGCCAGCGCCAUCAAGGAACUGCUGGACACUGUCAACACUGUCUUCCGUAAAUACCAGUACCAGAACCGACGGGCACUGGAACACCAAAAGAAAGAGUUUGUGAAAUACUCCAAGAGCUUCAGCGACACACUUAAAACCUACUUCAAAGAUGGAAAGGCGAUAAACGUGUUCGUCAGCGCCAACAGGCUCAUCCACCAAACCAACCUAAUACUGCAGACCUUCAAGACCGUGACAUAGACUGGGGUUAACCACACCAACCCAGGCUUUUAUCAGAGGACCGGAAACCCUUUACGUGUACAAUGUUCAGAUUCUGCUUUUGGGACUGUGUCAUUUCCUGUGUCUUGCUUCAUGGGGGGGGUCAUUUAGAGUUACAGGUGGUCAGACUAUAAUUGCCAGAGGUUUUUUUUAUUUUUAAUAAUUAAUACUGUUGUAUUUUUUUUUGUUUUUGUUGUCCUCCACGAUCAUGCUAUCGCCCCAGAGUAUCUGAUGUCAAUACUCCUCUUUCUCCCCCCUCUUUCUUGCACUUUCUCUCUCACUCUGUCCAUGUGAAAGCCAAAACACCGGGCCUUAAUGUGGCCGUUGAUUCCUAAAACAGAGUAACUACAGAGACUCUUGUUUUUCCUCACAUUCUAACUUGAACAAUGAGACAUGAUGGUGUAUAUUUAACGGAUAUUUGGUUGCUAAAUGUUCAAAUAAAAAGUUUAAACAUU